AUGAGGAUAGUGAAGAAACGGAUGAUGAUUUAUUUCAUGUUUCGCCUAGAAAGGAUACCUCUAUCAAAUUCGAAUUUCGAGCAGACAAGUACUCUUGAUGUCAAUACAAACAUAUUGGAUAUGGACACACACAUCAAUUUUGGUGAACAACCAAGUACCUUACUCCCAGAGAAGACGAAAAUCAUACCACCCGAGGUUUUGUAUUCCAAGUCUAAUAUAGAGGAGGAAGAAACUUCAACCAUCAAUGCAAACUUAUCUCAUAAGGACGCAAAUGUUAACAUGUGUGAUGGGAGAACUGUUGGAUUAGGUGUCUAG